AUGCCUGCCUUCAAAAAGUUAAAUACGAAAAUAUUCCAGAAAAGUGGUCCGGAAAUAACGCCGGAUUAUAUUUACUGGAAAAAAUUAGGGGUCCCAGUUUUAGUGAAAGAGUUUGGCCCCAUAGAUUACAUAGACUUCUCGCCAAUUGAACCGCAUCAUUUUGCUGUGACGUGUUCUGUCAGAGUGCAAGUAUACAACCCCAUUACAAAAUUAGUGGUUAAAAAUUUAUCAAGGUUCAGAGAAAAUGCGUAUGGGGCUACAUUCCGUUCAGAUGGUAAACUUAUUGUUGCUGGUGGGGAGGAGACAAACGUUAAGCUAUUUGAUGUUUCCACAAAAAGUCUUUUGAGGUUAUUUAAAGGACAUGAAGCACCUGUGCACAGAACUUACUUUGUGCCCAAUAAAGCUCAAAUUGCAUCUUACUCGGAUGAUAAAACGGUAAGAUUAUGGGAUAUUCCCACAGAAAAAAAUGUCAUAUCAUACCGUGGCCAUACAGAUUAUAUUAGGGCUGGAGCCACAAGCCCUGUAGUGCCAGAUAUAGUUUUAUCUGGGGGUUAUGAUAGCAUAGUAAAAAUGUAUGAUACAAGAACAGAAAACGAGGUUUUAAGCAUAAACCACGGGUCACCGAUUGAGGCACUAUUAUUUUUACCCUCCGGGGGUGUAUUUUUAUCAGCUGGAGGUACUGAUAUUAAAAUAUGGGACACCAUAGCAGGUGGAAAACUAUUAGGAAGCAUAUCUCAACAUCAUAAAACAAUCACAUGUCUGAAGUUAGCCUCAGAUAACAAAAGACUUCUAUCUGGCAGUCUUGAUAGACAUGUUAAAAUUUACGACACAAGUUCCUUCAAAGUAGUGCACACUCUAGAUUUCCCUAACUCUGUAUUAAGUUUGGGGGUCUCUAAAAAUGAUGACACUGUAGUAGCUGGGUUAGUUGAUGGUUUAGUUUCGAUAAGUAGACGCGAGGAGGAGCCACUGGACAAAAAAACUGAAAAGAAAAUAUCAUCAUAUAGAUAUGCCUCACAAACUCAUACAAAUGUUGAUACUAUUAUUUCUGAAGUACACCAUGAAAAACAAGCAAAGUAUGAUAAUCACUUGAGGAAAUUUGAAUAUUCCAAGGCAUUGGACUGUGUUUUACUACGUUAUGUUGCAAACAAAACCCCACAAGUCACUGUUUCUCUAAUGCAGGAACUUUUGAGGCGUAGAGCUCUAGAUAAAGCAUUUCAAGGUAGAGAUAACAAAACUAUAACUCAAGUACUUCGUUUUCUGAUUAAAAACCUCCCAGAUAUAAGGUUUACAAGAAUAUUAAUAGAUGUUGCAAAUAUAUUCUUUGAUGUCUUUGAAAACAGAAUAUGUGAUUUACCUCCAGAAACUUUAAAACUUGUUGUAAACCUGAAUGUUUUGCUGCAACAAGAAUUAGAUUUGUACAAAGAUUUAACAAACUUGGAGGGUGCAAUGCAUUUACUUUUAGCUGCUAGUGGGGCUUCAGAAGAAGUUGUAGAAGAUAGCUUAAAAUCUCAAAAACUAUUACCCAGUAUAGAUGCACAGAAAAACAUGGUUGUAAAUUUAACAUAA